UUUUGCAAGAGUGAAACUGAUUAUUUCUCCAGCUCGGGAGGAGAGAGUCAUUCGUUUGGGAUUGUGGGAGAGAGAGAGAAAUAGAGACGCGGAGAAGGAAAAGAAAAGGGAGGAAGAGGGAGAGAAGCAGACAAGGACAGACACCUCGUCAGGCGUGUAGUUUGAAUCCCUUCCUUGCCUCCCCCUUCCCCUCCGCGAUGUUACAAAGGCUGUGAGCUGCUCGGCUUUUCCCAUUCGCCUGCUGUCACUUCCUUCCUGGACGCUCUCGGGACGAGUCCGGUUACUUUUAAUCCGACCAGCAGCUCAGCCACUUUCUCCUCCUCCACGCUGCACACACGCACACACGCGCGCACACGCACACGCGCACACACACACACACACACACCCCAGACGUCUUCUGGCUGCUUAUUGGAUUGACUUUGAAGGUUGUGUGUGUGAUUCAAGGAGGCUGCAUGUUGAACCAGGUGGCGAAUAUUUAAGGCUGGAAGAAGUAAGGGGAUUUUUGCUUUUUCCUAUGAAAGGAAAAUAUCUCCAGGACUAGUCUGAUCACCCAAACAGCUAAAUGUUUAUCAUCAGGAACGGAUGCAGGGGACUGUGAACUGAGUAGUGCAAGUGCUGAAGAAGGAGGCUUGUUUUGAGGAAACGGGAAAGAGGAAGAAAAGAGAAGGGAAAAAUACGUAAUUUUAAGGAAGAAGGAGAGAAAAAAAAACGGGGACUAUGGGGAGAAAAAAGAUUCAGAUUACAAGGAUUAUGGAUGAACGUAACAGACAGGUGACAUUUACAAAGAGGAAAUUUGGGUUAAUGAAGAAGGCUUAUGAGCUGAGUGUUCUGUGUGACUGUGAGAUUGCUCUGAUCAUAUUCAACAGCACCAACAAACUGUUCCAGUAUGCCAGCACCGAUAUGGACAAAGUGCUGCUGAAAUAUACCGAGUAUAAUGAGCCGCAUGAGAGUCGAACGAAUUCAGAUAUUGUUGAGGCUGUUCCACCACCAAACUUUGAGAUGCCAGUUUCUAUCCCAGUGUCCAACCACAACAGCUUGGUGUACAGUAACCCAGUCAGCUCACUGGGGAACCCCAACCUUUUGCCGCUGGCUCAUCCUUCUUUGCAAAGAAAUAGCAUGUCUCCUGGCGUGACACAUCGGCCUCCGAGUGCAGGUAACACAGGUGGCCUGAUGGGUGGGGACCUCACUACCGGUGCAGGCACCAGUGCAGGAAAUGGGUAUGGCAACCCCCGCAACUCACCAGGUCUGCUGGUCUCACCUGGCAACUUGAACAAGAAUAUGCAAGCAAAAUCUCCGCCUCCAAUGAAUUUGGGAAUGAACAACCGUAAACCAGAUCUCCGAGUGCUUAUUCCACCUGGCAGCAAGAAUACAAUGCCAUCAGUGAAUCAGAGGAUAAAUAACUCCCAGUCUGCUCAGUCAUUGGCUACUCCAGUGGUUUCCGUAGCAACUCCUACUCUACCAGGGCAAGGGAUGGGAGGAUACCCAUCAGCCAUCUCAACAACAUAUGGUACUGAAUAUUCUCUGAGUAGUGCAGAUAUAUCAUCUCUCUCUGGAUUUAAUACAGCCAGUGCUCUUCAUCUUGGUUCUGUGACUGGCUGGCAACAGCAACACCUACAUAACAUGCCGCCGUCUGCCCUCAGUCAGUUGGGAGCUUGCACUAGCACUCAUUUAUCUCAGAGUACAAAUCUCUCCCUGCCUUCUACUCAAAGCCUCAACAUCAAGUCAGAACCUGUUUCUCCUCCUAGAGACCGUACCACCACACCCUCGAGAUACCCACAGCACACGCGCCAUGAGGCGGGGAGAUCUCCCGUUGACAGCUUGAGCAGCUGCAGCAGUUCCUACGACGGGAGCGACCGUGAAGACCACCGGAAUGAAUUCCACUCCCCCAUUGGACUCACCAGACCUUCGCCGGACGAAAGGGAAAGUCCCUCUGUCAAGCGCAUGCGGCUCUCUGAAGGAUGGGCAACAUGAUAACGUUAUUACCUAUUAGGUUUUCUUUUCUUCUUUUUUUUUUUUUUUUUUCUUGCAGUGUGUGUGUGCUAUACCUUACGGGGGGGUGGGGGGGGGGGGGGGUCGAUAUGCAUUAUAUGUGCCGUGUGUGGAAAAAAAACAAACAAACAAAAAAAAAAGUCAGGUACUCUGUUUUGUAAAAGUACUUUUAAAUUGCCUCAGUGAUACAGUAUAAGGAUAAACAGAAAUGCUGAGAUAAGCUUAGCACUUGAGCUGUACAACAGAACACUUGUACAAAAUAGAUUUUAAGGCUAACUUCUUCUCACUGUUGUGCUCCCUUGCAAAAUGUAUGUUACAAUAGAUAGUGUCAUGUUGCAGGUUCAACGUUAUUUACAUGUAAAUAGACAAAAGGAAAACGUCUGCCAGCAAUGGCAGGCCUUUACUGAGAGAGAAAGCAGCUGUUAUGCAACAUAUAGAAAAUGUACAGAUGUUUUGACAGACCCAGCAGUUGGGUGGCCGUGAAUCCAUGCUGGAAAAAGACUGGGUCACCUAACGCACCGAAAAUGCUCGGAAACAUUCAAGCAUAUCUUUGGAGUAUGGCACUCAGUUUAAGAAGGAUCAAAGCAUUUACAGAGGACCAUACUUGUAAAAAAAAAAAAAAAAGAAAAAGAAAAAAAAAAUAAAGUUGAGUUCGAGGGCUAACAUAUUUAAUUUUAACAAAUUCUGGGUCUGCAUCACUUAUUAAAUAAAAAAAAUAUAAAAAUAUGUACAUUACAUUUUGCUUAUUUUCAUAUUAAAAAGUAAGACAGAGUUUGCAAAGCAUUUGUGGCUUUUGUAGUUUCCUUAAGCCAAAAUGUGUUCUUUUUUCCUUGAUAGCUUCGCUAAUCUUUUAAACAGUCCUGAAGAAAACAGAGGACUUUUUGUAUAGAAAGCACUACCCUAAGCCAUGAAGAACUCCAUGCUUUGCUAACCAAGAUAACUGUUUUCUCUUUGCAGAAGUUUUGUUUUUGAAAUGUGUAUUUCUAAUUAUAUAAAAUAUUAAGAAUCUUUUAAAAAAAAAUCUGUGAAAUUAACAUGCUUGUGUAUAGCUUUCUAAUAUAUAUAAUAAUUAUGGUAAUAGCAAAAGUUUUUGUUAUCUUAAUAGUGGGGAAUUAUAUUUGUGCAGUUGCACAUUUAACUAUUUUCUUUCAGUUUUAUUUUACUGGGCAUACAUUUUACAGAUCGAAGUCAGCUGUUGAGAGACUGAUCUGUAAAAAGUUUGAAUUUACCCAUGGUGUAACAACUUAAAGUCAUUUUAAUACAACAUUUUACAAUCAGUUGAGUGAACUGCAAUUCAUUGUAUAUACUGAUUAGUUCUUUCAUGCUGUUUUGUGCAUUGUAACAAGUUGAGGGCCCUUCUACUACUUCACGUCCUGCGUAUCUUGUAGAUUCCCGUGGGGUAAAUGACAAAGCGGCAUCGCUUGGCCCUUCCUCACAAGCGAGGCUGGUAUUCUGCCUGUUAGAAUCGGACGUACAGCUCUAGCGGCUGCCAGUUACCUGAGUGCAGGUGAACAUUUCCAGGAGCAGUAGGGAGAGCAGCGGGCGAGGGAUUGGCUCGGCGGUCCCACCUGUUGCAAAGGUGACUCCCCUGUCUCUCAGAUUUAAAGCUUUCAGAGAGACCGCCAAUUACAGGACCGGUUUGCAGUGCAUGGCUGAUGCUGGCGGCCAGGCCGCUGUGGUUUUCACGGACCUCUGCAGUCACGUUGUCUCACAGCGGGGACGUUGCUGAACAGCGCUGCCCGUGCAUUUACGCCCUAGAACGAUUUGCUUCGGCAUACGGCGCUCUCCUUUUCUCCUGCCUCAUAUCGUUUCUUCGACUAAAACAGCUUGACCAGAAGGGAAGUAUCGUUUUUUUUUAGUUCCUCUCUUUCCCUCUUGCUUAUUAGAAGAAAACCGGUUGUUCACAUGUUUCAGUUUAACCUUUCUGUUGGAGGGAAACUGUGUUCGAGCAACAUGUUAGUGCCAUAGUAGGACUGUAAUCAUUCUCUUCUUUCCGAGAGCUGUUCGGCUCUCGCUCACGUACCUUGAGACUCUGAUGAAGGACACAGAUAUGCUGCAACAGCUAAAUAUCAGCACAGAGCAUUGUCUUAAGGGAAACCCACACUCUGUCUCCCUUCUAAACAUGCAGUUGCUGCGCACUGCUCGAUGGUAGAGUCUACCUCCCUGUAGCAGCAGAUGACUAACAGACUGCACCGUGCUUUAGGACAUACGCUUUUCACUUACCGUGACUUACAGAAGCCUGCCUUACAGGCACUUUCAGCCGUGCAGAGGCUAGUGCAUUAUCUGGAAACUAUUUAAGCAGAAUACUGUGCUAAUAAUGCAUCCACCUUAUCUCGCGUAGCGAUAUGCAGGGUAAAAGAAAAAGAUACGCAUGUUAAAUAAAAUAAAAAAUAAAUAAAAAAAAAUCGGGAGGGAAAAUGGGGCCCAUAAUUAAUUUUAAAACACAAAACUGUUUUUCAAAACCACUUUCUUCACCUUCAGAUGAAUCUAUACUCAUAUUCUCUUAUGAGAAUUUUAAACUUUGGUGUGUCAAAAAUAUGCAAAUAUAUCGCAAAUGUACUUUGACAUUUCAACAAGAAAUACAACUUUACCAGUAUUGUAGUAGAAACUUGUCAGUGGGGAAGGGGAUUUGGUCUAUUGAAAUAUGAAGAAUAGCCAUAUAAAUAGUUUACCUUGCGAUUUGCCUCAGCAACGCAUGAAAAAGAAAAGAUAACAUAUUUAAGGAAGAUGCAGUGUAAUAUAUUACUGCAAGUAACUAAGCGGAAAGUAGCGUGAAACGUAUCGCCUGGGCACUGUAUAUUAAUUCUGACAGUGAUUUUUAUAUAAACACAAAUAGAAUAGAAUCACGUGAAAAUUAACGCCAGUCAUCCCUCUUUUUCCUGCUAAUGAGGGCAACUAACAUGUACUGGCGAAAUUGUGGGGGAUAAUGCAUAUUUGCAAACUGAUCUAAUGAUAAGAAGCACAACUUUGAUUGUGAAGUCACUUUCUGUAAACUAUAACUGUCUACCUUUCUCUGUUCCUUUAUCUGUACCUUACCAUUUAUUGUAUUUGCAAAGCUUAUUUGGGUUUAUUGUGUGAUUCCUUUGUAUUUAAGGAGUUUGGGGCAGAGCCCUGAAAGAGUAUUAACAUUUACUUUACCUUAACCCAUGCUAUAUAAUGUUUUAGGCAACAUUCUUAAUUGCAAGUUCAAACACCUGAAGUGGCAUUCUAGACAUCUACAAAUAUCGUUAUAGCUAAGUUAACCUCUAUUAAAAGGUGUUGUUGUUUAAUGUUUAAUUGCUGGUGACAAUUAUAUGGUAUACCCAACCUGCACAAUCUGUAUAUUGUAUGCAUUGAGCCAUUCACAGUAAAGCUUUUAUCAUUUCAGUGUUUUUCAAAAGUUGUGUUUUAUAACAAAAUGGCUUAUAUUUUUCCUGGAAGAGGAAUUUAGCAGUUUUUAAUGAAUAAUAUAAAAAUAUCUGUUGUCCUCGGAUCUUUUUCAGGUAAAGCUAACAUAAGAAUAAAAGAACUCAUAGACUGUUUUCAAGGAUGUCAACCCUUUUGUAUUGUAUGUGUUAUUCUAUAUACCCUCUUUUAUCUAUAGUCCUAACAAAGCUGUUGUGUUUUCAUUUUUUCCUUCGCCUUGAAGGUAAAUGCUUUGUAAUUUUUUAAAAGCCACUUGAAACCUCAAUAAAGGCUGUUGCCUAAGCAUGGCAUACUUCAUCUGUUCCUGUUUGUGCCAUCUGCUGUGAUGUCGUCAGUUAUAUGGCAUUAAUUUCCUGCCACUACAGGUCUCUUGAAGGACUGAUGGAACAUUGGUGUCUGUUAGAAUGCUUCAGACUGUAGAUGUAAUAAAAGGCUUUUGUUAAUAUAUUUUAACCAAAGAUGUGGAGCAAUCCAAGCUUUGAGCCACAGACCUUCUGCAUCAAAAGGAUCCAUUUGAUUAUUUUCAUAAUCAGGUGUUGCAUUUUUACCUUCCCUGCUCAUACCUCAGACUGAUCCGUACCUCAGUUUGAAUCAAAAAGGUCAGUUUAGUAACUCAUUAAAAAAUAAAAUAAAAUAAAAUAAAAUAAAAUAAAUAAAAUAAAAUAAAAUAAAAUAAAAUAAAAUAAAAUAAAAAUUUGCAGUACCAGAGUCUUUUGUGGAGUAACUAAUGUCAGACCUGGGUUACCGCAGGCAUUAUACUUGGAUUGCUUCAGAUGGUUUGUUGUAUCCUUUUUUUUUCUUUUUUUUUUUUUUUUCUUCUCUUUCAUGGGGAUCUGCUUCCAUAAAACAAUGGUGAUAACAAAAUAGCUUGUAAAUGGGAGCAUACAAGCAUUUGCAACAAAUAUUAAAGUAGAGGCUCACAGCGGCAUAAGCUGGACUUUGUCGCCACUAGAUGACAAGAUGUUAUAACUAAGUUAAACCACAUCUGUGUAUCUCAAGGGACUUAAUUCAGCUGUCUGUAGUGAACAAAAAUGGAAAAAUUUCAAAAGAUUCUCCUGCUGGAAAUAAGGUAUAAUUUGUAUUUUGCAGACAAAUCAGUAAAGUUACUGGCUUUCUUAGUGA